AUGGAUGAGGACAAGGGCAUCGAAGAACGAGACUUGGGUAAGGAGAAAAGUUCCUUUAUAAAUAAUGCCUUGAAGGUCAAUAGAGUCAAUGAAGAACGGAAAGAUGGGGCCAGUGGGGGGUUGCAAGUUCAAGGCACUCUGCAAGUGCAGCAGCCUCUGCCACCACCUCAGGGGACAGUGGUCUGUUGGGAGAGGUUUCUUCAUGUUAGAUCCAUUAGAGUCCUGCUGGUGGAGAAUGAUGAUUCUACACGGCAUGUUGUCACUGCUCUGCUCCGAAACUGCAAUUACGAAGUGCUGGAAGCAGCCAAUGGAUUGCAAGCAUGGAAGAUUCUUGAAAAUUUAACCAAUCAUAUUGACCUUGUCUUGACAGAGGUAGUAAUGCCUUGUUUAUCAGGAGUAGGUCUUCUAUGCAAGAUAAUGAACCACAAAACACGCAAGAAUGUUCCUGUGAUCAUGAUGUCCUCUCAUGAUUCAAGGGGUUUAGUCUUUAAGUGUUUGACGAACGGUGCAGUGGAUUUUCUUGUUAAACCUAUACGUAAAAAUGAGCUUAAGAACCUGUGGCAGCAUGUCUGGAGGAGAUGCCACAGCUCUAGUGGAAGUGGUAGUGAAAGUGGGACACCAACUCAAAAGUCUGUAAACUCAAAAAGUAUUGUCAAGUCAGACAACAAUAGUGGCAGCAAUGAUGGGAGCAUUGGUUUCAAUGUUGGUGAUGAAAGUGAUGAUGGAAGUGGUGCACAGAGCUCUUGGACAAAGCAAGCUGUGGAAGUUGACAGCCCUCAAGUUAUGUCUCCUGGGGAUCAAACAGAUGAGUGCCUGGACAGCACUUGUGCGCAAUUUAUUCGCUCAAAUGCUGAGAUUUCUGGUAAUAAAAAGGUGCUUACGAGUGUAGCAGGGGAAGGUGAUGAAAAGAAACAAUCCGACACUAUUGCAAAGGGCAAAGACCAGGAGACAGUCAUACCUAGAAAUUCAGACUCACGAUCUGAAAAUCCAGUUAAAGCUUCAUUUGAACAUAAGACAAUGCCAGAAACUAAUUGUGAUAUGUGGAGCAAGCGAAUUGACGAGGGACACGCCAAUUCCAUAGGUGAAAGCCUGUUUAGCAAUUACAAGGUUGUCAGUGUUAAGAAGGACAAUCCUCUCACUGUUAGCAAAGAAUCUCAGUCUACUAGAGAAGUGGCAAACAGGUUAGACAUCAACAGUGAUGCAGCUGAUGAUUCUAAAGAACAAAGCUUUAAGAGGCUUAGAGGAUUUCAGGACACUGGGAGAACUGUUCAAGAUGACCGCUUUGUCUUACCACGUUAUGAGCAAUCAGCCUUCUCAAGGUACAAUACAUCCUCAAAUCUCUUCAAGGUUCCUAAUGGUUGGGUAACUGCAAGCAGUUCUAUAGUUGACAAUAGUGUAGAAGUUGCAAAGCUAGAGUCCGUCUCCAAUAUACAAGCUCAAUCAACUGACCAUCUUCUAUAUCAAAUCUCAAAUGAAGUUAGGAAUAACAUGGAUAUAGGCUCCUCCAGUACUAAGCUUUCAGCAAACACAGCAAUUGUGAAAGACGAGUUUGAAGCAGCAUCUACAAUUAUUGAUUUAGCUUCAGUAAGGGGCUUGCACCAGGAGUUCCAAAUGCAGCACACUCAUCAUUAUCACCAACAUCAUCACCAUCACCAUUUCCACAUCUUGGAACAUCCAUCAUCCAACCAUGAUGAAUCCUCUCUAAAGAAAUUGACUGCAGAUGCUUCACACAGUGGAACGUCAAAUCUUUUAAGUAGACCCAUGGAUGGUAACACCAGGUCCUAUAGUUUGAAUAAAACUGCUUUGGGAUGUGAUCAUGGAAGCACUGGACAGAUUGGAAUCGGGACUGCUGUUAAUGCUGUGGGGACUAUAGCCAAAAGCGAUGUAGGUGAAGCUGGCAAAAGUGGGAGUAGAGAUGCCAGCGGCAUUGGUAGUGGAAAUGCAACAAAGGAAAACAAACUUGCACAUCGAGAAGCUGCCGUGACCAAGUUUCGUCUGAAGAGAAAGGGAAGAUCUUUCGGGAAAAAGGCUCAGAACCAGAAAAGGAGACUAGAAGAACAGCAGCCACGUGUUCGAGGACAAUUUGUUGGACAAACAGGGCCUGAUAAUGCAAACAACAGUGCAGGUGAAUAA